AUGGGCGAGGCCGCCGCCACCACGUUUGCCUCGAUCCUCGUGCUCGGGGUUGGCUUCGCCGCCGCCGGCUACCUCUACCACAAGAGCUACAAGAUGCUCGUCCUUGAGAAAAUGACGGGCGCCUUUGAGCCUGGAGACCCCGUCCUCGAGCUGGCCGCCAUCGGCAAAGACGCCCCCCACGCCCACAAGUCGGCCGACGAGCACUGGGUCGAGCGUCCCGAGCAGCGCCACGUCGACGACAUUGUGAGCGGCCGCGAGGUCGGCCACUACUACCUCAUCAUCGGCGACAAGGGCACCGGCAAGAGCAGCAUGAUCAUCGAGGCCAUGCGCAAGGUCGACGGCGACGGCAUCUCCAUGAUCGAGGCCCACGCCGACCUCGAAAUUGUCCGCAUCCGCCUUGGCAAAGCCCUCGACUACGAGUUCCACGAGGACUACAUUGGCGGCUACUUUAGCGAGCGAGGCCCCCGCGACACCACGGCCCUGCUCGACAUUGAGCGUGCCCUCAACAAGCUCGAAAAGGUGGCCAUGCGCAUGCUGCGCACCCGCCGCAAGCCCCUCAUCGUCAUCUUCAACCAGAUGCACCUCCUCCGCAACGACGAUGACGGCAGAGACCUCAUCGAGCUGCUCCAGCAACGCGCCGAGCAGUGGGCCGCCGCUAACCUCGUCACAAUGGUCUUCAACUCGGACGACUACUGGGUCUACGAGCGCUUCAAGCAGCUCGCCACCCGCAUGGAGGUGCUGCCCGUCACUGACCUGCCCAAGCAGCAGGCCAUCACCGCCCUGCGCAAGUAUCGCCGGCGCUAUUUUUGCGAGAACCCUUCCCAGUCCUUGCUCGAGGAGGUCUACGACCGGGUCGGUGGGCGGCUGAGCUUCCUCAACCGCGUGGCUAAGAGCAAGAACAUGCUGGCCAUCUGCGACAACAUCAUCGACACGGAGAAGAAGUGGUUGCUCAACCAAUGCUGGAUCCUCGGCUCCGAAAUGGACGACGACGUCAUGGACCAGCAAAAGUGGGCGGCGGCGGCCAUGGUGCUGGCUCAGGCCCUCGUGGACAGGGAGUCGAAAAUGGCCAAGACGUACGAUGAUGUGGGCGGUCAUAUCCUGCCGUCCUUCCCGUUCCACAUUGCGCAGCAGCUCAUGACGAGGUGCGACUUUAUCCGCAAGCUGGACAGCCUUAACCUCUUCAGCAUCACCAGCCAUGCCGAGGUCCGCGCCAGCAGCGUGCCCAUGCACCGCGCGUUGCGGGACAUUUGCGGCGAGCCCGGGUUCCGACAGCAUCUCGAGUACACGAUCCAGAGAAUCGCGGACAUUGAGAGCUUGGGUCGCACGAGGGAGCUGGUGGCCAAGGAUCUGGUGCUGGGAGGGCAGUACGACGUAAGCCAGGGCCGGGGCGGCUUGACCCUCAAGCUGAAGCAGGCCGAGGAGGACAAGUAG